GUCCAGGAUGGGGGCCAUGUCUGUCUGGGUCUCAGGCCUCCUGAUUCUCCAGAUGCUGCUCUUUGUGGCUGGGGAACAGGGCACACAGGACGCCACUGCUGCUGCCACUGCCGAGAAGGGGCUCCACAUGCAGAAGGUGGGGUCUGGGUCGGUGCGGGCUGCGCUGGCAGAGCUGGUGGCCCUGCCCUGUCUCUUCACCCUGUGGCCACGGCCAGGUGCAGCCCGAGAAGCUCCUCGGAUCAAGUGGACCAAGGUGCGGACUGCCUCAGGCCAACGGCAGGACUUGCCCAUCCUAGUGGCCAAGGACAACGUGGUUCGAGUGGCCAAGGGCUGGCAGGGACGCGUGUCACUACCUGCCUACCCCCGGCACCGGGUCAACGCCACGUUGCUACUGGGGCCACUGAGGGCCAGCGACUCCGGGCUCUACCGCUGCCAGGUGGUGAGGGGCAUCGAGGAUGAGCAGGACCUGGUGCCCCUGGAAGUGACGGGUGUUGUGUUCCACUACCGAGCAGCCCAGGAUCGCUACUCGCUGACCUUCGCUGAGGCCCAGGACGCCUGCCGUCUCAACUCAGCCACCAUUGCAGCCCCGCGGCACCUGCAGGCUGCCUUCGAGGAUGGCUUUGACAACUGUGAUGCUGGGUGGCUCUCUGACCGCACUGUUCGGUAUCCUAUCACCCAGUCCCGUCCUGGUUGCUAUGGUGACCGUAGCAGCCUUCCAGGGGUGAGGAACUAUGGGAGGCGAGACCCACGGGAACUCUACGAUGUGUAUUGCUUUGCCCGUGAGCUGGGGGGCGAGGUCUUCUACGUAGGUCUGGCCCGCCGCCUGACACUGGCCGGCGCGCGUGCCCAGUGCCGCCGCCAGGGCGCUGUGCUGGCCUCGGUAGGACAGCUGCACCUGGCCUGGCAUGAGGGCCUGGACCAGUGCGACCCGGGCUGGCUGGCCGACGGCAGCGUGCGCUAUCCGAUCCAGACGCCGCGCCGGCGCUGCGGGGGCCCAGUCCCGGGCGUGCGCACCGUCUAUAGCUUCGCCAACCGCACCCGCUUCCCGGCGCCGAGAGAGCGCUACGACGCCUACUGCUUCCGAGCUCAUCACCCUUCAUCACAACAUGGAAACCCAGAGACCCCGUCGUCUGGGGAUGAGGGGGAGAUUCUGUCAGCAGAAGGGCCCCCCGCCCAAGAACUGGAGCCCAGCCUGGAGGAGGAGGAGGUAGUCACCCCAGACUUCCAGGAGCCUCUGGUGUCCAGUGGGGAAGAAGAGCCUCUGAUCUUGGCAGAGAAGCAGGAGUCUCGAGAGACCCCCAGUCCUGCCACUGGGGGCCUCACACUAGCCUCAAGGCCUGCUCUGGAGGCUGAGGAGGUGUGGCUGAGCACGGUGUCCCCCGCCCCCGGCAACGUGGAGGCAGGCACUGCGGUGGGCAGGCACGCAGAGGCAACCCCAGCCAGCCCCAUGCCCAGGAGGAGGGGGCGCUUUAAAGGGUUGAACGGGCGCCACUUCCAGCAACAGGAACCCCAGCGAGGGCUGAAGGGCGCGCUCCAGGCCAGCGUCCAGCCCCCCACCCCAGAGGUUGCUGGGAAUUACGUGGAGCCUCCCCUGGCCACAGGAGCCACUGACGCCUUGGGGAGUGGCCAGAGCCAAAGCCCCUGGGCUGUGCUGACCAAUGAGGUGGAUGUGCCUGGAGCUGGUUCCCCUGGUGGCAGGAGCCCCCCAGAGCCCUGGCUGUGGCCCCCAACCAUGGUCCCACCUAUCACCCUUGGCCUGGAACUAGAGGAAGCCAAGGGCCCCAGUGUGAGGCCUGCCACCCCCGACCUGCCCUGGUCCUCCUCGGAGGCCACUGCCUUGGCUCCCGACCCCUUGAAGGGCCCCAGCACUGCCCGCUGGGAGGCUUCUCCCACAGUCAUUUCUCCAGACCUCCCUGUCAUGGCCAUGCUUCGUGGCCACAAACUGUGGCUCCUGUCACACCCUACACCCCUCCUCACCGAUGCCAGUGAGGUAAAGGGGUAUAGUGAAGCCAUGGCCACUGCCCCACCCUCCCCUGCCUCAGAGAUCGAGGCCAGCCCCCAGGAUCCCAUCCAUCCAGAAGUGUAUUCCCUGCCCUCCUCCUCGGGCCUGAUGGGACAAGGUGGAGAGGCCACAUCCCUGACACUCAGCAGCCCUGGAGAAGGAAGUCCUACGGCUCCUUUGCGGGCAGCUACAGACACACAAGCUGGAGCGGGUCCUAACUAUUUCAGAGCAGACUUCGGAAAAACUGGGGGGACCAGCCCUACUGGGCUCAGCAAAGCUGAGCCCCCCAGAUCCAACCCACAGGCUUCUGUGGAUGGGAAUGUGGUGGCAGCCGUCACUCCCACUGAGACGGCCCCUGAGCCCAUGGGAGCCAGAGGCGUCUUGGGGUCUGAGUCUGCGGUCUUCAACACAGCAGAGACCCCCACUUCCAGCUUGCAGGCCAACAUGGAUGAGGCACAGGGCAUGUGGCUGUCACUGCACAGUGAAGGGCUAGACCCCCAUUCCCCAUCUGCACCCUUGGGGGUCCCUAGGGUCUCCUUGAUGCUCAAGGUCACCCCGCGUUCGGAGCCUUCGGCUGCUACAGAUGGAGGAGCCACAGUGGCUCCCAUGAAUUCCAUGGCCACACUAGACACCCGUGGUGCCGGUGGGAAUUGGGAACCUGGAUCCCACGUGGUUGAGGGAGCUGAAAGCCCCACCUUGAACCCUCAAAUGGCUGUGGAUACAAGUGUGGUGAUGUCCCUCAUGUCCCUGGACCUGGGGGACAAGGUUGGGGUCCUGGCCAUGUCCACAAUGGCCUCCUCAAACUCCCAACCCCAUCCAGAGCCGGAGGGCCAGAUGGUGACCCAGGGCACCCUGAGAGGCUUGGAGCCUCCACGUGAGGGCAGCCCCUCAGGGGAGCCCGCUCUUCCUCCUUGGACACCGACGGCAGCCAGCAAGGACAAGCCCAUUUCAGUUUCCUCGGGGGAGCCUAUAGUGCCGUGGGACUCCCCCAGCACCCUGCUGCCUGCCUCCCUGGGCCCAGAGGAGUUUGAGCUGGAGGUCCUGGCGGGGAGCCCGGGUGUGGAGAGCUUCUGGGCGGAGGCAGCAAGUGGAGAGGAGCCAGCCCUGCCAGGAACCCCUGCAAACGGGAGUGCAGAGGAGGUUCCCUCGGAUCCCUGUGAGAACAACCCUUGCCUGCAUGGGGGCACGUGUAAAGCCAAUGGCACCAUGUAUGGCUGUAGCUGUGACCAGGGCUUUGCUGGAGAGAACUGUGAGAUCGAUAUAGAUGACUGCCUCUCCAGCCCCUGUGAGAAUGGAGGCACCUGCAUCGACGAGGUCAACGCCUUCGUCUGCCUUUGCCUCCCCAGCUAUGGGGGCAGCCUCUGUGAGAAAGACACAGAGGGCUGUGACCAUGGCUGGCACAAGUUUCAGGGCCACUGCUACCGCUACUUCGCCCAUCGGCGGGCAUGGGAGGAUGCCGAGAGGGACUGCCGCCGUCGAGCCGGCCACCUGACCAGCAUCCACUCAUCCGAAGAACACGGCUUCAUUAACAGUUUUGGGCGUGAAAACACGUGGAUCGGCCUAAACGACAGGAUCGUGGAGAGGGAUUUCCAGUGGACGGACAACACGGGGCUGCAAUAUGAGAACUGGAGGGAGAACCAGCCCGACAAUUUCUUCGCGGGUGGGGAGGACUGUGUGGUGAUGGUGUCACAUGAGAGUGGGCACUGGAAUGAUGUCCCCUGCAACUACAACCUCCCCUAUGUCUGUAAGAAGGGCACAGUGCUGUGUGGUCCCCCUCCAGCAGUGGAGAACGCCUUGCCCAUCGGUGCCCGCAAGGCCAAGUAUAAUGUCCACGCCACUGUACGCUACCAGUGCGACGAAGGAUUUGCCCAGCACCAUGUGGCCAUCAUCCGAUGCCGGAGCAAUGGCAAAUGGGACCGGCCCCAAAUCGUCUGCACCAAACCCAGACGAUCCCAUCGGAUGCGGCGACACCAUCACCACCACCAACACCACCACCAGCAUCACCACCACAAAUCGCGCAAGGAGCGCAGAAAACACAAGAAACACCCAGCAGAGGACUGGGAGAAGGAAGAAGGGAACUUCUGCUGA